GAAAAGAAAAUAAAGGACAAAAAUGUGAACGUUGCGAAGUGCUGAUUGGGGAAAAAAAUCUCCAAAGAUGGCGGCCCGGACACAUUGAAUUGCCGGUGCCAGUAACCAAUAUUGCUGUUUUCAAAAUUCUGGCCACUAAUUUGAGUAAAUUAUUAGGCAUUCCUGCUAAAAAAUUAGAAGAUAUUAUUUAUUUUAAUGCUUAUGUAAUUAUUGAUAAUAAUUUAAUCAGUUCGUUGAAAAAGGGAAAAAUUUUAGAAAAAAAGUUCAAUCAAUCUCAAAUUGACAGCAUUCUGCAAGAAAUCAUUCAAGAGAAAAAGUUGGCAGAAAAUGUUCUGGAAAAAGCCGAGCAAUUACAGAAAAAAAUUACUGCCAAGAAAAAUAAAAAAGAAGAAACUACCGAUACCACUUUUUCAGAAGAGUAUUUAGAUUUCUUAGAAAAACAUUGCGGAGUGAAACUUAGCACCGGAACUGAGGCUUUACAAGAAUUAUUGGUGGGAAUUAAU